UGAUCUGCAGAAUACUUACGCAAUUUGUUUUGGUUUUCUUUUUAAAAUCUAACAAAAAAUAGGACAACCCAUCUAAGAAUUCAUAUAAAAGGAAUAUACUGAUCCUCGAAAAUCAGAGCCAAACCACAAGACUGACUAAGAUUUCAACCAUCUCUCACUCUCCUGUUUUGCUGCCUUUACCAAGAGAGAAUGAAACCAAAAUUUCUGUUUCUCUUCCUUGUAUUAUGCAGUCUCACUAUAGACAACGUUUUAGCAACCUCUCUUGGAACUCAUGCCAAAAUACCCGACAAUGAAACAAUAUACCGAGUCUCCAAGCAACAGUGUUGGGGUUGUAUUGGAGAGUCACUAGAGUUCCUAUUCACUCACAAUUUGGUGAGGGCAACCAAAUGGGAGCCACUCUUGUUUUGGGAUUUCCAGCUUGAGAAAUAUGCCCGAUGGUGGGCACUUCAAAGGAAAGCAGACUGCAAGCUACAGCAUUCGUUUCCAGAAGGAGAUUUCAAGCUGGGAGAGAACAUAUACUGGGGCAGUGGCUCGGCGUGGAGGCCCAGUGAUGCAGUGAGUGCCUGGUCCGAGGAAGAAAAAUAUUACGACUAUGCAACCAACUCGUGCCAGGAGGGACAGAUGUGCGGCCACUACACCCAAAUUGUUUGGAAGAAUACCCGACGAAUUGGCUGCGCUCGAGUGGUUUGCGACACUGGAGAUGUGUUCAUGACUUGCAAUUAUGAUCCGCCGGGUAAUUAUAUUGGCGAAAGGCCAUAUUGAUAUGGUUCAAUAUUCCAAUUCUAAGGGGUACUUCACUAUACUUGUUCAAUAUUUUCGAAAAUUUGUUCUCACGAUGCUAUCUCACUACUUCAUUAAAGCUAACAAGUUUUCCGAAAACUAGUGAACAAGUAUAUUAAGGUACUCAAUAGAAAUAUAUAUAUAUAUAUAUAUAUACGAAUUUGAUGUGAACAUUAUAGUAAUGUUGUUAAUAUGUAUGCCAUUUGAGUGUCGACAUAGCUAUAUCAUAUAGGAGGUAAGGAGUGCAGGCUAAAUUCUGAACUUGUCAUCUCUAUCCAUGAGACGUGAUGUGAUGGUUACUCAUUUCGUCCCUAAUUCACGAGAUCGGGAAUUCGACCAUUGCUCAUGAGAAUGAAAAAUAUUUUGUGAUCAUCCGUUUAUCUUUUUAAAGAGUAUUUGAGCAAAAGGAUUAAUCACUUCUAUUAAUCGUGGGUGUCCUGAUUUCGAGAUAAAAAACAUAUGAUCCCUAUUAUAUUUUCCUCUCUCUAUAUAUAUUGAGAAGGGAUUUGUUGCGCGGAAGCAUGUAAAAGAUUAAAAUUAUUGUACUGAAAAAUUAUACUAAGUUUAAUUCCCAGGAGA